UUUUCUAAGUAUGAUGGCUGGUCUAUUUGUUAGAGUUGUUUUGACAAUCUUUUGACUGCCCGUUGAAGAUGUUUGGUAAACUGCUGGCUGGCUGUUGUUUUGGCGAAGAAGACUGUUCUGCUGCUGGCUGCUCUUGGAACUGCUGUUGCUUGAACUGAUGACGAUAAGCUAAGAAAUUCUGGGUUUUAUACCCGAAAAUAACCCUCUCUUCUCUCAUUAGAAUUUUUUGUGAUGGAUUUAAACAUUUCAACUUAUUUUACAUCCUGUUUUAAUAUUAUAAUGGCAUUGACAUUAAGUAAAUGUGAAAACAUUUGACUGAGCAGGUUAUAUUAGCAGCAAUUUAGAUUCAUAUAAUAUAAUUGGUUUUUGAGAAUGAAUGUAUACAUUCUAAGCAUUGACAUUUAGUAAAUGUGAAAACAUUUGGCUGGACAGGUUAUGUUAGCAACAAUUAAAAUUCAUAUAAUGUAAUUGGUUUUUGAGAAUGAAUGUAUACAUUCUAAUUUAUUUUAAAUCCUGUUUGUAAUAAUUUAAAUUCAUGUAAUGUAAUUUGCUGUUGUAUAUGAACAUGUUUCAGCACCCAUCUAAGGUAAGGUUAUUGUAGAAAUUUAUUCAAGGAGGGUAUUGACCAUGGUAAAAGGUGAAUGUCAUAAACAUUUGGCUGGGAUAGGUUAUGUUAGCGUCAAUUUAAAGUCAUGUAAUGUGAUUUUGCUGUUGUACCUGUAUGUUCAUGUUUUAGCAGGUUUCUAUAAUGUAAGGCUAUGACCAUUUGUAUACUUAAUUAUUGAAGUAGUGGUAAAAAUCUGUGUAUAAAAGACAGAGGGAAUUCUCUAAUAUUCACCAGUCUUCAAGAUUUCAUCCCAGGACAAGAAGCUCAGUUCAACAGAAAUACUACCAAAAUAAAAUGUCGUACCGUACAAUUGCUUCAACUGAUUCAGAGAAUGAACAUUUUAGCGAAUCAAUUGAUAUAAGACCGUCUUUUUCAAAAACAAAACCUGGAUUAAAACGUUCUGCAGAAAAAACAAGUGUUAAAAAACCUAUGAAAAAGAAGCAGAAUAAAAUGAAUGCAUCAUACAGAGAUAAUAUCAGCGAACGCUUGAGAUCAGAAGAUUUUGAUGUUGAAGUAUUUAAUUCGCUAACAUUCAGACAAGGAGAUGGCGUUGUGACAAUAAAGACGCCUUUUGAAGAAAAAGGAAAGGAUCUUUGGGUGCUAAGUCAUUAUAAGGUUACUAACAUCGAGAAUGUACCAGUAAAGGACAGAUGGAAGUUCAGUGAAGCUACUGUUAGAUUGUACACGACCGACGAAUCAAUAGAUCAAACACUUCAUACUGGUCUUAAUGAGACAAUGCAAAUUAUAUUUGAUAAAUUACUAACCGAUCCAAAGCGUCAAACUAUUAAAAGCAAGACGGUUGUUUGAUUAUUAUACGGAAAAAUGAGUUUCAUUUAAUAAAACAAAAUAUUAUUAUA